AUGGAGACAUAUUUCGGUUAUGUACGAACGCCCGCGGACGCCAUCAAGCUCUUUGAAGCUUGUAGGUUAGGCCUGCUUCCUAGGGUUCAGAGGCGCUUGUCGGAAAAGGAGCGUCAGUCGAUUCGAUCAGGCUCUGUAUUUGUUUGGGAUGAACGAGAGGCUGGUAUGAGAAGAUGGACCGACGGAAAAUCAUGGAGUGCGAGCCGAGUUUCAGGCAGCUUCUUGACCUACCGUGAAAUGGAGGGCAAACGAGGGGGUGGUGGCUUCAAUAGCAUUCGCCGAGGAUCCAACAAGACGCCAGAGUCAGGUCGUGGUAGCGAUGAUGAUCGUGACGAUGGGGAACCUGAGGGCUAUCGAUACAAAGCGGACGGUCUCAUGAAGCAGUCCUUCAGUAUUACAACGUCAAACGGCCAACACCUCCACCUCAUCUCAUACUAUUCGAGGCCGCAGCACGGACAGGCAGAUCUUCCUCAGCCCACAAAUGACCCUGCCCUUCGCUCAAUUGUCCCUAUGAAAGGCAUGUAUCCUGAGUCAAGCAUGGGAGAAGCUAGCCAGACGCCUGCCCUGACACGGGCCCCGAUGCAACAACCACCUUAUAUGGUGCCAACCCCUCAACACCACGCUCCUCACCAAGCCUAUGCCCCUCAAUAUGGACAGCCUGGAUACGGGUGGCCUCCCUCACCCGCCCAGACCCCCCCUUAUUCGCACUACUCCGCAACAUACCAACAACACCCACCCCCUGGGCAUGCUCCCCCGCCUCCUCACCAGUACGCCUCAUACGAACCAAGAGCUUCCCUUCCCCUUCCCGCACCCCAAAAGCCAGGCUACACACCCUACCAGCACCAUUCGUCUCAAUACCGCAUGCCCUCGCCGCCCCGCAUCAGUGAUGCUCGCGAUCAAAAUCUCCAGGCAGCUGCUCAAGCUGUGAUGGUUGAUCCGCGUCUUGGGCCAACCUCUGCCAGGAACCCCCAGGGCCCUCUCCCAGCCUUGCACGCGGUGACAAACGCUCCUCUUGGAGCCUCAUUGAUUGCUGAAGGUCCACUCAGCCGGGGUCGAAGCGUUACCCCUCCUCGGAGCUCCCACUCCGACACCAACAGCUUCAGCACCCAGUCGAGGUCCAACCUUUCUUCGCUCCUUCAUCCUACCCCAUCUUCAAGCGAGGCCAACCCCAGCCCUGCUACCAAUGGUGGCAGUGCUGGCAACAGCCCGCGAUCUCUUCCUGCACCGGAACCCGGUGCUGUUAGUGAGGAUACACGGGCGCUCAGGAUGCUUGACCGCAGCGCCUUCAGACGGAUUGCUCUUGCCUAG